GACGUCGUCCACGGCCGCCACGUCUACCGCAGCCGCGGGGCCCUGGAUGGAAAGGGCGGCUUACGCCUUCAGUACGAGAAGUCGGAGACAGCCGGCGCCUGGGAGAUCACCAGCUCAGCAGGGCGAUGUCUGUACCGCCUGAAAGGCAACGCCGCUUCUCCGGCGGAUUUUAUUGGGCGAAGGAGUUGGGAUCGCAGCUACG